AUGUCAGCACGACGCGCACCGGCGCGCUCACGCCGUGUGGACGAUGCCUUGUCCCAACUCGUCGACUCCCUGUUACCACCUAUCUCUCCCACCGCGCUCGGUGACGAUUUCUCAGGCGACGAAGAGGACGCGGUGACCGCAGCCGAGGAGCAACGACUUCAAGAGCGUCUCACUCGCGCAUGGCACAUUUUGGAGGUUGUCGGAGCCGAGAAAGAACAAUCCGGAAUCGAUGGAAAUGGAGGAUCUGCGGCAGAGAAUAUCAACAAUGCCUCUGAUCUGAUUAAACGAAAGUUACUGCGAGAAAACGCUAGUCCGGAUAAGGCGGUACGGUUUUCGAAUCUUUAUUCAAGGUUGUUGACGCAACCUGUUCUCGGUCAGAAGUGGGCUAUUCUCUACUUGUUGUACCGACUGUCGGAACAAGAAGGUGAUGAUAUCAAUAAUGGCGAAAAAGAUGUGAUUAUGAAUGAAGGUGGUCGAAGUCGGAGCCCCCUUUUAGAUGAUGGGCAUCUAGACAAUUUAUUAUUCAAGUCACGAGCCGGUAUGAGGGGAGCGCUAGUUGAUGAUGAUGAAGGUCCUGCUAUUAGUUCAUCUGUUUCACAGAGAGGAGAAGCUGUAGAUCGAAGGCGAUCUGUACCAGCUAAUCCAAUGGAAAAACAACGACGCAGUCAUCUAGUGCCAACUGACGAGGCCAGAGAACCCAUCACCUCAGGGCGGCCAAGGGGAACAAGCACACCGAGAGAAGCUCAACUGAACACUGAAUCGCAGACUGAACCACACAAACCAACGCCUAUCAAGUCCGCAGAAUCAUCUUUACUCCGAGAUUUACCUUUCAUCCUUCAAGGUCUGUCGUCAACGAAUAUGGAAUUUUCGUCAUCUACAAUGUUGAAACUACCCACCAAUUUACCGAUUCCAAUGAUAUCAUUGCUGCAUACACUAGCUGAGCCGUGCCUACUGUAUAAAGAGUUGGCCGGAUUUGUUGACAGUUCUGAGGGAGGUCUUGUGAGCCAAGCUUUGAGAGCAUCCAUCUUCAAUGAACUCCGCUCUUAUUUAGGGUUAGUUGCAACUCUUGAAGGAGAGAUACGACGAGCCUUGGCCGCCACAGCCAGCGAUGAUCCUAAAGGAAUGGUUAAAGGUGCUGUUACCCUCAAACGCUGUGUAGUCUGGACUAGGGAUGCUACCAUGGCCUUGCGACUAAUGAGUAUAAUGGUGGAAGAAGCAAGAGAGAAAAGAGGUGGCCAGUUGAUAUCCUUAAUCCAUGGCUAUUCGUCAUCCCACGGGGACCCUUUCGUCGGCAAUUUUGCGGAGAAAUUGCUGUCACACAUUACGCGCCCAUUCUACGACAUGCUACGGCAAUGGAUUUAUGAUGGGGAACUUUCUGAUCCAUAUAAAGAAUUCUUCGUCAUUGAAACAGAAUUCCGACCCAGCGCUGACCCUCGGCGCAUCGCCUCGAGCGUAUGGGAGGACAAGUACAAACUGGAUGAAGAGAUGAUUCCGUCUUUCAUCACCCAGGAUUUUGCGAAGAAGGUUUUUCUUAUUGGAAAAUCUCUAAACUUCAUCAGAUACGGCUGUGGAGAUUCUGCCUGGGUUGAAGCGUACUCGAAAGAAACAUCGAAAGAGCUUCGCUAUGGAGAUACCGCGCGACUCGAAAACUCCAUUGAUGAAGCUUAUAAGACCACGAUGGCUCGAUUGAUUCAUUUGAUGGACACCAAAUUCAAAUUAUUCGAACACCUUCGUGCUUUGAAGAAAUAUCUUCUCCUGGGGCAAGGUGACUUUAUCGCCUUGCUCAUGGAAUCACUUGCGUCAAAUCUGGAUCGCCCGGCCAAUUCGCAAUAUCGACAUACUUUGACUGCUCAGUUAGAACAUGCUAUUCGGUCAUCAAACGCGCAGUUCGAUUCUCCAGAUGUCUUACGUCGUCUGGAUGCGCGUAUGCUGGAGCUCAGUCACGGCGAGAUUGGUUGGGACUGCUUCACGCUCGAAUAUAAGAUUGACGCCCCUGUAGAUGUGGUUAUUACUCCAUGGGGAUCAACACAAUACCUCAAAGUUUUCAAUUUCCUCUGGCGCGUAAAAAGGGUCGAGUUCGCGUUGGAAAGUACAUGGCGAAGAUUCAUGACAGGAGCUCGCGGUAUUCUCGGCAGCGUCGAAGACAAAGUUGGAUCGGACUGGAAACGCGCAAGGUGCGUGAUAGCCGAGAUGAUCCAUUUCGUAUGCCAGUUGCAGUAUUAUAUCCUUUUUGAAGUGAUUGAAGCCAGUUGGGAUCAAUUGCAAGCAGCGAUCUCCAAACCCGGUUGUACCCUAGAUGAUCUAAUUGAGGCUCAUACCAAGUACCUCAAUUCCAUUACGCACAAGGGUCUUCUAGGUUCGUCAAGUUCGUCACGGAGUUCUUCGUCAUCUGCAAAGCAGCCAGAGGAAAGCUUCCUCGCUCAGCUACAUCAGAUCCUCAAGAUUAUGCUGAACUACAAGGAUGCUGUUGACGGGCUGUAUUCCUUCUCAGUCGCAGAGUUCACGCGCCGUCAAGAACUGAACGCAAAGAUUGAGACUCGUACAGCACGUGGCCAAUGGGGUGUGACAGAGCACGACUUCAACAACCCGUCUCCUUUCCUAUCAAAUCAGGAAAAUACAAAUCUAUCUGCAGAUGAUCAUAUGCUUGCCUCCUUGCAAACCCGUCUUCGUGAUUUGUCCGCUGAUUUCCGUGCCCGUCUAAACGUCUUACUCGGUGACUUGGCUUAUCAACCGGAUGUUGACAUGCGCUUUUUGGGUGUAGUCAUGAACUUCAAUGAUGUCUAUGAACCCGUACGAAGACGACGCACUACAACCUCGGCAACUUCAGCGGGGGCGGCAUCAACGACUCGGGAUAGGGACAAAGAUCGGAGAGGUCGCAGGAAUGUGGUGCAAUCAAAUAACAAUGCUGCUGGUGCUGGUCCUGCUGGCAGUGCAGAGACUAAAGAAUCGCAAGGCGAUGCGCAAUAAGCUCUCUUUAUUAAUUAUGAAUACGCAUUUGCAGGCGCAAUUGGAGAGCGACGUUUUGUUCAGAUCCUAACAGUGAGGAAGGCAUAUACCCAUUUAUGAUGUAUGUAUAGGAACCGUUGUAGAGUAGCAGUAUGAAUUAACUACCAGUACGUUC